UCGGGGAAGUGUAGUCAAAGGGAUUUAGACUUUGGAGAAGUUGGAAUGAAGUUAAAAGAGAGCGAUCGUACAUUUGUGUAGUGUGCUGAUCCGCUACUUUUUUUUUGUACUGUGUGUAUAUGUGAAGUGCUCCAGAGGCAGUGAAUGCUUUGUUUUAAAAUAAAAUAAUUUUGGGUGUAGUGCUUAUAAAAAAAAUAAAUAAAUUGAGUGGUGCUAAAAUAAAAUUAGUGAAUUAUUGUCGUGUGUUGUGAUAUAACUUAAAACAUGGAUAGUCAAAAGAGUGGCCAGAAUUGUAACAGCCCUCCACUAUCAUCAACACAAGGCUCUGCGGGGUGUGGCUGCCCUAGUGAUAUUACUGUAAAUAUUACCCCAACAACUGGUGGUAGUUGGUUUAUUCGAGUGGAUCCUCAAACUAGUAUUGAAAAUUUUAAGAAAAUUGUAUCAAAAAAAUUGAAAGUACACAAAGAACGGAUAUGUCUCCUUUAUCGUGAUAAGCAAUUACGUGAGGGAACAUUAUUGGAAAAUGGUCUUGUAGACGGGUCAAGAUUAACACUAUUGCCUAGUGUGGAAACAGGACUUUUGACACAAAGACCCGAAUUAAGUGUAAUGCAAGCCUUGGAAUCAUUGAACGAUAAUCAGGUGAAUGAUUUUUUGUCAGGAAAAGCACCAUUAAAUCUCACAAUGCGUCUUGGUGAUCACAUGAUGUUGAUACAAUUACAAUUAAGCACAGUAACAGCGGGAGCAUCGUCUUCAACGACUGUAUCCUCUGGUGCAAACAGCACAUCAAGUUCAUCAAUCGCUGCACCUUCAAGCACAUCGACAAGCAAUAGUAAUCAACAAACUUCGGCAACACCACUUAGCACUACAAGUAUCAGUCACUCGCCGCUUCCAGCUGCUUCCGCCACAUCUGCCUCAACACAUCAUUCAUCGAGCACAUUAUCAACCUCUAGUUCAUCACGACCGCGUACCUCGUCUCGUAUCAGUGCUGGUAAUCGCCAAGUACUUUUAUCAAGUUUAGCAAGUGCACUAGCUGUUGCCAAAGAAGAUGUCAAUAAAACGAAAAUACUUCCAGAUCCCGUUGUAGUUCCUCCAGCCGAUCCCAUGGGAAUAUCAUCACCAAUACAAUCAUUAUCAGAUCUAGCAUCACGGCCUACAGUACCAGUUCCAACCGCUGCAAGAAUACCACAAUCUCGAUCUCCGCCACAUAACACAGCAUCUACGGAUCCAAUUGCUGCUGGUUUAACUUCAUGCUUAUGUCGUAGUUUAUCCCCACCAUGUUCGUGUACAACAGCUGCUACGACACCUAGUAAUAACACACCUUCGACGCCGCCAGGGACUUAUGAUUCGUCGGGUACAACCACACGAUUAGAUACGCGUGCUUUAGCUCAAGCAUCCCGAAAUUUAACACAAACAUUGCGACAGUUAUCAACAGAGGUGCUUAGUUCGCGAGAAAUUGAACAACGGGCUCAAGGUGCAAUUAUUGAAUCAAUGCAACAUCAUGGACGUGGAGUUUAUUCGGGAACAUUUAGUGGUACAUUGAAUCCAGCAUUACAAGAUAGUCGAGGUCGACCACGUCGAGAUAUCUCCACAAUAGUUCAUAUUUUAAACGACUUACUAUGUGCAUCACCUCCAACUGCAGCGUCUGCAGGUACAGCAACAUCUUCUUCAGCAAGGCGUAGUGAUUUAUCACCAAUUCCAAAUAAUUAUAACCAUUUAGCACCAACUGGUGUCUCGUCACCAAAAUCUCCGUCUUGUGAAUGUUCUCGAUGUAUAACAACAGCUACAACUUCAACAAGUACACCAAAUACUACAGAUUUAUUAGAAACUCCUUCAGCAAGUUCUACGUCACCAUUUAUGUCUGCGCCAAGUAGUAACCCAACAUCGGGACAUCAUCAUCAUAUGACUGAUUUAAAUGCUGAACAGAAUUCACGUACACGUGAUAAAAUUGAACAAUUACGUCUUGUGAUGGGUGAACGACGUGAAAGACGUCGAUUACGUAAACAAAAGAUUCAACCGUACACGAUACCCACAGCUGAGACACAAACCAGUACGGAUGCUGUGUCUGCGUGAAAAUAUAUAUGUGGUGAUAAAAUAUUUAGUGUUUAAAAAAAAUUAUAUCCCUAGAAGGAGGUCAUUCUUUAAGGGAGACAUUUUUUUUGUUUUUUAUUUUUUUAAGAACAGAAUAAAUGAGAGUUUCCUUUUUCGUUGUUGUGUGUGAAUUUUUGAGAUUUAUUAAGAGGGGAUAAAUUUGUGCAGAUUGUUCCAUGAAAAAAACUUGAUUUAUAUCGAACAGUAAUUAUUUCUAAGAAACAGAAAAUGUUCGAUAUAAAAGCUUUGUAAAACUCUUAAAGAGAAAUUAUUCGGAAUAUAUUUAUAAUGGAACAGUCUGUUGGAAAAUUUAUCCUUUCAGUUAGUGAUAAGAUAUAAAAAAAACAUCUCGUUAAACUUUAAAAAUAUAAAAUUCUUUGAUACAUUCGAUUUGAGUGUAAAACUCUUAAAAAAUAUGUUUAUUUCAACAAAAUUGGGAUAAAAAUCCAAGAAUUAUUUACCACGCUCAUUUUAGGUAACACAAAUGUUUAUACUUAACACCUCAAACACUACAGAAACGUAUGGAGACGUUAAUUAGUGUCUCAAGCGGAAUUUAAAGUUCCUAUUUACCGCUAUUGAAUGGAAGUUCAAGACCGAGGCUAGUCAAACGGGGAAAAUCUGAAAUAGUCAAUUUAACUUCGAAAGGAGAAAAUCAUAUACUUUUCAGUCAUUCUUGGUGCUUUGGGUUGAGUGUAAUCAUUUGUGGUAGAUAGGGUAUAUCUUCUCUCCGUUACAAUUUAAUGUACUCACAAUUUUGGUCGAUUAUUUUAGAAAAUCUAUAUUGAAGUCAGCUUCGGUAUCUUGGUGUUGGUAGCAGCGCAAUUAAUUGUGUAAUAACCUGUCAAGCCGUAAAAUAAUUUUAAAUUGCAUAUAGUAACACUCCUUGUGACGAAAAACGGUACGAAAGACCUAAUUGUUGUUUAUAUGAUAAAAAGAUGGGACACAUGAAGUAUUUGUGACGACAAUGGCCUUUAUACAUUGUCUAUCUCUUUUUUACCAUAUAAAUAUAUAUAGCGGGUGUUAAAAUUACAGAGAUGACCUACCUAGCUGUUUUUCAGCUGAACAAGGCAAUUAUUAACAUAUAAUGUGCUAUAAAUUUGCCCAAAAGAAAUCUUGACUUCUGGUUAUCGCAGCUUCUUUAUCCUUUAACAUUUUAUCAUAUAGUAAUUAGUUUGUAGUUUUUUAUGUCCACGGGAUUGUUGUUGCUACACCGAAGGACUCAUAAUGAAUGUAUUUUUAGGUUUAACUCUAAAAAAUUUGCUACGACUCAAUGUGCGGUACAUUAAAUAAAUGUAAACGAAAAUCUUUAAAAAAAAUUAUUACAAAUUAAGUAGUAGAUGAAAAUUUAAUUAGAAUUAUUAUAUGAUGUCUUAGUCGUAUUUUUUGACUAAACAUCGGGUACAUAUUGGUAUUUCAAUUAUUAUUAAAUUAGAAAGAGACAUUUAUAUUAAUUUGAAUCAUCUCUCUCUCACACCCCUUUUUUAAUCUCAAAUUAUAUAUAAAAAAAGGUGCGCCGCUUUAUUUACAAUUUCAACCUUUUUCCCCCACCAAAAAAACCCCAGUUUCCCGAGUUGUUAUUGUUUAUAUAUAUAUAGCGUUUAUUAUAAAAAUAUAUUGUUUUCUUU